UUAGUAUAAAUAAUAUCAAAAGGAUGAACAUGAGUAAUAGUAAAAAAAAAAUGUGUUUGUAUAUACUCAUCACCUUAAAAAACCUAUUUAAGAAAUAAGGUGAUAUUUUAAUCAUGAUAACCCAUUGUCUUCGACACGUCCAGGAUUAGAGUUCGUCACGUUUCACAUACAAAUCCCGAUAGAAUAUGGUUGAUCAAUUUUUAUUUGUUUUAUAUUUUUAUUAUCUAUAAAGGCACGUAGAUAAUUUGCUUAUAUAAAUAGAGACAGAGUUUCAAAUAUUGACACUUCUUCAGAAUAAGUAUUGAGAGUACAUAAUAUUAUAUUUAGCAUAAAUAUAUACGUAACAGUAUUCAAAAUACGCAAAAGUGCAUUAAAGACAUUUUUUUUUAAAUUUAAAUUUGAAAAUCAUGAACAUUCUGUCGACGUUAUUCAUCAUGGUGUUUUCCAUUAUGCAGGUAAAAAGCGAGGAUGUCUUAUUCGAUUCUAGCGAUUGUCAAACGAAAUGUCCGAUUCGGCGUCAAACCAUUCGAUCAUACCCACCUGGUACAGCACUGUUUGUUGGUGACGAAUGCGUGUGUGGUAGGGCACAAGAAACCAUAUACGAAUAUGUACCACCUGUCGUCCAGCCCGUGGGCAACGUGGAAAUUCCGGUUGGUUUCAAACUAAAAACGAAUGAUCGUCGGUCCAAUAAUCGGGUAAUGGGAAAUUACGGUUCUCUCGUGUUCUCGGGUAGUGUUCAAAUAUUGAAUUUACUAAGCAUAAAAAACGACGACAUCUAUAAAGGAUGUUGUGACCGCAAACCGUCAAAUCCGUCGAGCGAUAAGCUAAAAAUGAAUAAACCUGUAGUUAAUUUAACGACGACAAUAUCAGGAUUUAACGUAAAAAGUACAACACCUUCAGAUGUUGAAAAAUGUACGGACAAAGAUGUUUUGAUAAUUACAGAACCAGUACUUCAAAAUGCGUUAACUACAGGAUUAAGCGACGUUGCAUCUGAGAAUAUUGUAACCGAUGAAUCAGAUUUAUCUGACAAGUCCGAAAGCCCGGUGACUCUAACGUCGUUAGACGUUGAAAUACAAACGUCUACUGUUAAUGCGCAACAAAAUGAAAAUUGCACUACGACGAAUGAUUCUACGACUUCGACGAAAAAAAUUGUUACACGCAAUGAACGAAAUGAUGUAUCACAAACGACUACUGUUAAUGCGCAACAAAAUGAAAAUUGCACUACGACGAAUGAUUCUACGACUUCGACGAAAAAAAUUGUUACACGCAAUGACCGAAACGCUGUAUUAGGUGCAACAAACAAUAAUUAUUCUUAUCGCAGCAAUAAACCCGAUUUAGAAAUACUUAUAAUAAAUUCUAAUACAAUUAAUUUAAAUAAUCAACAACGAUUUCGUUAAAAACUUUAUAAUUUAAUAAUUAUUAGUAAGUAUUAAAAGUGGAAAACAGGUCGACAAAGUUUUUUGUUUUUGACGAUUAAAUCUCAUCAAGUUAUCUCAAUAUGUGUUUUACGAUAUUAUUAUUUUAUAAAAUAGUAUACCUAAUAUUAAUCUAUAUUAACUGAUAUGUUUUUCGACUUUCCGAGUGUGGCGAAACCGUUGUAUGCACUUGUAGCACAUUCUAUUCUGUUUCAAACGAGUAUUAGCAACUUCGUGACAUACAGACGAUUCAGUUAUAAGUUUAUAGUUGUGUUUAAAAUAAAUCUUAAUAAAAACAAUUUGAGAGAAAAUAA